GGAAUUUUGAGGUUGUUGAGACUCCUCUCAGGAGUACCUGAGGUGUAGUCAGGUGAGGGAGCUAGGUGAAGGUGCCUCUGUGUAGUGUGUACCUACCGUGAAGAAAAAAGGAAGGAAGGAAGGAAGGAAGGAAGAAAGGAAGGAAGGAAGGAAAGGAAGAAAAACAGGCAUAAAGAAGUACCUGAGUGCUCUUCUUGCUGACGUAGGUACCUCAGACACAUAUCUACUCGUACCUGCAGAAUCACCUCUCCAGGAUGACACUGUUGAGCUUCAUCCGUCGACGUGUGUUUGGUAAAGCUAGUUCAAUUAUAAAGCGUGUGGUACUGCCUGCUGUGUGUGUGCUGUUGCUGCUGCAAUUGCUUACCACACACCCUGCACAGCAUCCACCUCAACUAUCCAACCUCAUCGUUCCAGGAGAGGCCAUCGACCCCAUCUUUGAGAAUAAGAUGACGUUAGGGCAUACUACGAUAACCUUGAAACAGCAGCAGAACCAGGGCUCAGACGGCGCCCCUGUGGUACCUCGCCCGUCUCCCGUCACCCGUGAUAAUCCCCCACCUCCCCUGCAACCCCCGGCCAUCCCUACCAGUGGCCUGGGGAAUAGUGGUGGUGAGAAAGAGGGUGGUAGUGGUGGGGAGAAAAAGAGUGGUAGUGGUGGGGAGAAAAAGAGUGGUAGUGGUACUAGUAGUGGCAACAAGGCCAAGAAGUCCUCGUCAUGGUCCAUGGCUACUGCAAACAUCACUGACAGUCACAAGGUGAGGUUCAAAGGUCAUGCUAUCACCAAUCAGACGGUGACCUUGACCCUCAUGUCCAGCUCAGAUAAGGUCUUCAUGUCCCUCAACAAGAAGGAGAUCUACAGGAACUUAGGAGACCGCGGUCUACAUGUUGUGGUCAUCAACCAACACUCUGGCAAGGUUAUGGCUCGACAAGUGUUUGACACAUUCUCAGUCGGUGUCGAGGAGGAGAUGGUCGAAUUUAUCGACGAUAUUCGUGACGGCCGAAUCAUCGUCUUCGCUGUACUGGACGAGGCUAGUAAGAGCCUAUCAUGGCGUGGCAGGAACAAGCUGAAGGAGCUUGGGUCACGGUGGUCAGAUAAGCUGGGUUACAGAGACAUGUGGGCCCUGGUCACCAGGAAGGGGGGACUCAAGAUGGCUGAAACCUACUCUAACGUGGCUACUGCUGAUACUGGAUACGAGUGGGGAGGACCUGUCUUCCUCAGGACCGACUUUGACCUCGAGGAGAAGAACGGAGAGUGUGAGUGGGAGCACAACGAGCGUAAUGAUGCAAGACGUGUGUUCUGCAACCGAUAUGAUGGUUAUGGUGCUCUGUGUGAGUGUGAUGUCACCAGCUGGCAUGAUAUCUUCUUCCACGCUGAUGACAAGGUGGACACGCAGCUGUCGCACCAGAAGAUGUACAAGGAGAUGGGGGUGGUCAUCCUGGCUUCAAACAGACCUCAUUACCUUUAUAAGACGCUGAAGGCACUGUGGGAGGCUUCAGGGCUCAACAGAGACCGUGUGGCAGUGUACAGUGACACUCAUCACAGAGAGAUCACUGCCGUAGCCAGACUCUUCGGUGUGCAUCUUGUGGUCACUGCCCAGCAAGGCAAUUCCACCAAGACACACAUCAGGCACAAGAUGCAGAGGGUGUUCAGGGACGUGAUGGGUGCCAAGUUCUCCAGGGAGACAGUGCCUGAGGGAGGCCUACCAGAAGAUUCACUGCCGCCCUUCACCUGCACUCACCUCCUGGUUCUUGAAGACGAUAUUCAGGUCUCCGUCGAUAUCUUUAAGUUCCUACAGGCUGUAUCGCCAGUGCUACAGAGAGAUCCUACAGUACUGGCUAUCUCCGCCUUCAACUUCUUCGGCUACAGAGAUGUGGCCAACAAUCUAACUACAGUGUAUCGCACCAAUGAACUCAACCCCAUAGCUCUCCUCAUCCCAGACACCACUGUACACCAGUACAUGGCACCCAACUGGCCUCUGGCGAAUUAUAGUAAAGAGUGGUAUCAGCCUCUUGGGUCGGCUCUCAGAGAAGGGAGUGGAAGAGCUCUUCUGUACCCUGAGGUACCGAGAGCUAGACACUUUGGCUACCGUGGGGUCACUAUUGAAGGAGGUAUCCAGCACAACUUCUUCAGGGACCAUAUCCUCGCUCUCACCACCGACUACGACCUUCCUGACAGUGAAGUGCGCAAGUUGGAAUCUUCUCAGUACGAGGAGAGGCUGUUGGACACACUGAAGGCUUCAGAAGUUAUAAGAUUCGACUUCUGUAAGCACGACCUUUUGUAUAAGGAGAAUCCACUGGUGAUGUUCAUCUCUUACAACGGCAGUCGUAUCGACGAAGCAACUUUGAUCACAGUAAUGGGGUGUCUGCGAACGUGGAACGUGUACCCAGAGGCCGGCUGGAAGGGAGUGUGGCAGUUCCACUAUCAUGGUCACUGGCUCAGCAUUGUUGCAGUCCCCCUCUCUCCUUACAGCUAUCUGAAGCCUAAUAAUAUUGAGCUGGUGACCGCACCUCCGACCACCACCACCACCACUACUGCAGCUGCCGCUGACGGUGGUGGUGCUUCUGCUGGUGGUGCUUCUGCUGGUGGUGCUCCUCCAGCUGGUGUUGCUGCUGGCUCUGAUUCCAGUACUUCUUCAACUCCAGCUUCCACCUAGACUAUGUUCUGUUUGAUGAGCCUUGAAGCAAGCUCUCAGGAAGCUUGUCAUGCUGCCAUGAGCCAGAAGUCUAUGAUCCUAUUGGUACGAAGUGCUAGUUAGUGUCUACUCACCUAAUUGUGGUUGCAGGGGUCGAUUCAUAGCUCCUGGCCCCGCCUCUUCACUGGUCGCUACUAGAUCCACUUUCUCCCUGUUCCAUGAGCCUUAUCGUACCUCAUCUUAAGGCUAUGUAUGGAUCCUACCUCCACUACUUCGCUCUCCAGAUUGUUCCACUUCCUGACAACUCUAAAGCUGAAGAAAUACUUCCUAUAAGAGCCUUGUAGUGUGUGUGUGUGUGCAAAAUAAUUAAUAAAAACAGUUAACAUCAAAUUUGUAAAGCCAGUACAGUGAGAGAGCUCUUAAAAGGCUCCACUGGACACUCUCCUCUCAAUAAAUAUCAUCAGAAAUAUAUUCCAAUUCCUCCGGAAAAAAAAAUUGUACCAGACGCCACCCAUAGACAAAAAAAUAAUAUUUUUUUUUAGAGUGGUGGAUCUUGAUAGAUAACAGAUCAUUUAAGUACUUUCCGUAUUAAUAAUAAUAAUAAUAAUAAUAAUAAUAAUAAUAAUAAUAAAA